AGAUAGCAACAAACCACCGACUUUUAACACCAAACAACAAAAUUCAAAAUUUAAAAAAUAAAUACAAAUAAUAAAUACAAAAACCAGAGGAGGGUAAUUCUGUAAUUUCCGAUCAUCUUCCUCCCAAAAUCCCAACUAAUAAAAGCUUUGAUUUUCAGAAAAUAAAGUAUGAGAAAAUUAGCAAACUAAGAAAGAAAAUCAAAGAAAAUAAAAGAGAGAACCAAAUAUCAAUCAAAUCUACGGUUUCACUCAGAUUUCUCUGUCCAUCCAUAUAUAUAAUAAUAAUUCUGAGGAGGUGUUCUUCUUAGCACCUCUUCGGAUUUUUCUCUUACCUUCCUUAAUUCUCUCUACCCAAAGUUUUUUCUCAUGGCGUCCGAUGCUUUUACUGAUAAGAAUGCUGUUUUCAAAAAGCUGAAAUCAAAGUCUGAUAACAAGAUUUGUUUCGAUUGUAACGCAAAGAACCCAACUUGGGCAUCGGUUACUUAUGGUAUAUUCCUCUGCAUUGAUUGCUCCGCUGCUCAUCGGAAUCUCGGUGUUCAUAUCAGCUUCGUUAGGUCGACAAAUUUAGACUCAUGGACUCCCGAGCAGUUGAAAAUGAUGAUGUUUGGAGGAAACAAUCGGGCACAUGUUUUCUUUAAGCAGCAUGGGUGGACUGAUGGUGGAAAAAUUGAGGCAAAGUAUACAUCAAGAGCUGCUGAUUUAUACAGACAGCUACUUACAAAAGAAGUUGCUAAAAGUAUGGCAGAUGAGGCAGGCUUACCUUCAUCGCCUGUUGCUUCUCAAUCAGCACAAGUAUCUAAUGGACUUUCCAGCAUUAAGACUAGUGAAGCUCCGAAAGUGAACUCCUUACCAAAGCAGGAGCCACCUGAGGUUUCUGUUUCACCAAAAGUUUCUCAUACAGUUGUUAGCACUGUGAAGAAGCCUCUUGGUGCCAGAAAAACUGGGAAGACUGGGGGUCUUGGCGCUCGAAAACUUACUACAAAGCCAAGUGAAAAUCUUUAUGAUCAGAAGCCAGAAGAGCCAGUUGUUGCUCCUGUUUCCACUUCAAGUAACAGCACGCCUACCGCAGGUGCAGGAUCAUCUUUUGCGUCUCGGUUUGAGUAUGUAGAAAGUGUUCCAUCUGCUGAGACAAAUUCUAGUGGUGCCCAUGUCAUUAGUCAUGUUCUUCCACCAAAAGCAUCAAGCUUUUUUGCAGAUUUUGGUAUGGAUAGUGGCUUUUCAAAGAAAGCUAGUUCAAACCCUUCGAAAGUGCAAGUUCAGGAAACUGAUGAAGCAAGAAAGAAGUUUUCAAAUGCAAAAUCAAUUUCAUCUGCCCAAUUUUUCGGAGAUCAGGCCAAAGCUGACGCCGAAAGUCAAGUCUCCUUGCAGAAGUUUUCAGGAUCGUCUUCCAUAUCUAGUGCUGAUCUUUUCGGUAAUGGCUCCGAUAACUCUGCACUUGAUAUAACUACAGGUGAUCUCAUCAAUCGUCUAUCUUUCCAGGCACAACAGGAUAUAUCAUCCCUUAAAAACAUGGCUGGUGAGACCGGGAAGAAGCUUAGCUCGUUUGCCACCACUUUUAUUACAGAUUUCCAGGACAGAAUCCUGUGAUUUUAGUGUGGUUUUUUUUGUGCAUUUGUUACAGUACCUACCUACCAACCAACCACUCUUAUAUUAGGGAAUGUAAAGAAGAUUUGUCAUUACAAAAAAACAGGAAGAAAGAAAAAAGAUUCUUUUGAAAAGACACCAAAAUAAUAUACUUUUGUUUUGGUAUUAUCUCACCAUGCUUUGAGAAUGUUUUGUAGAAGAGAUAUUGUUUGUGUAUGUGUUAAAGAUUGAUGUGUCUUUUUUAGUUUGUAAGCCAACCUAAGUAAAGUUUUACUGCUCUGUUUCCAGAAAAACUUUUUAUGCUA